CUUAUUCUCAUAGUGAACUUACACCAAAAUUGAGCUAUGAGUGAUAAACAAACGAAAAUAAACGAGCUAAAGGCUAAAAUAGCUCAAAAUGAAAGAAUGCGAGAUAAGGCAUAUCAACUCAAACCUCUCUUAACGGAUCGUAAUGCCUUGUCGCAGUGCGAGACAGAAAUCAAAGAGUGUCAGAAAUACAUUGAUUAUUUUACAGAAGAGCUAGCCAAAAUUGAAUCGCGAAAUGAUACAGAAGAUGAUGUCGUAUUUCAUGAUACAAAUACCACAAGUGGACGUGCUCGUACAAACAGUGUGGGUGCUACAGAGGGCAACAUGAAAAAGUAUUCUACGCUUGAUUUACUUACGACUGAAACACUUUACAAUAAAUCCAAAGUGUCUAUGAAAUUGCAUGAAUUGGAGUACAAAUUAGACGUGGAAAACAAAGUGCUGGCUGGCAUUAAAACAAUGGCUGAUGUGCUCGACAAAGAUACUUCAAUCAAUGACCGAAAAAGAAGGAGCGAACUACAAGGCCAAAUGUACGAAAGUAUUGAAAAAUUAAAUCUUUUGACAAAAGCCUUGAGAAAGUACAAGAGCUUGUAUAUUGGUGAAGGAGAUGAUGAAGAUGAUGAAUUAGAGACACCUCCUUCUUCUCGUAUGCCUCCUGGAUUUCGAAGACCUGUGACAGGCAAACUACAACUUGAGCUGAUUCAGGCACGUGGAUUGGCUCAUGCUCCCACUCGUAUGUUUAAGGCACCAGACACAAUUGUGUACGUCAAAAUUGAUGGUAACAUUGUGUUUCGCUCCAAACUAUCUCGAAACGACACCUGGGUUGAUAUGUGCGAGACACAUGUCAAUAAAGCAACCGAAGUAGAAAUCUCUAUCUAUGAUCAAGAAGCAGAACGCAGCUUGCCUAUUGGUAUCUUUUGGCUCAAGAUCACAGACAUUGCUGAAGGAUUGCGUAAAAAGAAGAUCCAGCAAGAAAAUGGUUCUGGCUGGGUUCCUGCUGAUGUCUAUCAAAAGCAAGAGCAACAAGACAGUGAGGUUCCAGAACAACAAGUUGAACCAAAACGUCAAGACCCUACGUGGACCGAGACAACAGAAGAUGGUAUUCAGGCUUGGUUUGAUGUAGAACCUUCAGGGGAAAUGCUUUUGCGUGUCAAUUUUGUGCGUGAGGCUGCUAAUCGUCGUCCCUUGGACAAGUUGGGUCGUGCUGGUGCUGUCAGACAACGCCGUGAAGAAGUACAUGAAAUGAAUGGUCAUCAGUUCUUUGAAAAGAAGUUUUAUAACAUCAUGCGUUGUGCUCUUUGUGGUGAAUUUUUGGUCAACAGUGGAUACCAAUGUGAAGAUUGUGAAUAUACUUGCCACAAAAAGUGUUACACCAAGGUGGUUACAAAAUGUAUUUCCAAAUCCAAUGCAGAUAAAGACGCCGAUGAAGACAAACUGAACCACCGUAUUCCUCAUCGAUUCGAGCCUAUUACAAACAUUGGUGCCAAUUGGUGCUGUCACUGUGGCUAUAUGCUUCCACUUGGCUCUAAAGGAGCAAAAAAAUGUUUAGAAUGUGGCAUUACUUGCCAUACAAAAUGUCAAUUGUUUAUUCCUGAUUUUUGUGGUUUAUCUAUGGAAAUGGCAAACCAAAUGCUUGCUGAAAUCAAGGCAGCCAAUAAGCGCAAAACGUUAGACACAAAGCCAAAUCGCACAACGCAUCCAGAAUUAAGCGACGCUAUGUCACAGUUGUCUAUGAAACCACUACCUCUACAACCUUCACCGCCGCCACCUGUCAGCCCUGUGAAUCGUAUUCAACCUUCUACGCCUCCUCCCGUUGUACCUCCUCAUGCUCAACCUUAUGUUCCUCAACAACAACAACAAUACCCUAUUCAGACAAACGAUCCUCGCUAUCAAUCUUAUGCCAUGCGUCCACCUCAACUUACCCCUACGUCUCCUUAUCACCAGUCUCCUUCUUCUACGAAUAGCUCACCACAAAUGCGUCCAGUAUAUCAACAACCUCAUGGUAUGGAAAUAGCAAGACCUCCAAUCCAACUUAAACCUACUCAGCAGCAACAACAGCAAAGACGUGUUACACUAAAUGACUUUAACUUUUUGUUCGUAUUGGGUAAAGGCAAUUUUGGUAAAGUAAUGCUGGCUGAAGACAAGUACGAUAAGCGACUUUAUGCUGUGAAAGUGUUGAAGAAACGUUUUAUCAUUGAUAAUGAUGAAAUUGAAAGUCUUCGAUCUGAAAAACGUAUCCUUCAAGCAGCAAAUCGUGCAAGGCAUCCCUUCUUAGUUAGCCUUCAAUCUUGCUUCCAGACCGAGUCUCGGGUUUAUUUUGUGAUGGAAUAUGUGAGUGGUGGUGAUUUAAUGUGGCAUAUUCAACGUGAACCUUUCUCAGAAAGAAGAGCCAAGUUUUAUGCUUGUGAAGUACUGUUAGCGUUGGAAUACUUCCAUAGCCAAGGUAUCAUAUAUCGUGAUUUAAAGCUGGACAACAUCAUGCUUGGGUUAGAUGGUCAUAUCAAAGUAACUGAUUAUGGUCUUUGUAAAGAAAACAUGUGGUAUGAAGAUACAACAGGCACAUUCUGUGGUACACCUGAAUUUAUGGCACCUGAGAUUCUGUUGGAACAAAAGUAUGGGCGUGCUGUCGAUUGGUGGGCAUUUGGUGUACUUGUGUACGAAAUGCUCCUUGGUCAAUCACCGUUCCGAGGUGAAGAUGAAGAUGAAAUCUUUGAUGCUAUUCUUGAGGACGAAAUUCUUUAUCCCGUCAAUAUGUCUCGAGAUUCUGUCUCUAUUUGCCAAAGAUUACUGAACCGUGAUCCUAAGCGAAGAUUAGGUGCAGGUCCAUCAGAUGCAGCCGAAAUUAAAGAACAUCCUUUCUUUCAUGGUGUCAAUUGGGAUGAUAUGCUUAAUAAGCGUGUCCCUCCACCUUUCUGCCCUACCAUUACAAGUCCUCUGGACACUUCUAAUUUUGAUGAAGAAUUCACUCGUGAGCGUCCUGCAUUGACACCCAUCAAUAGUGUACUGAAUCGUGUUGAGCAACAAGAAUUCCAAAACUUUUCUUACGUUGCAGACUUUACUCAACCUGGCUCUCUGUGGUAAUAUAUAUAUAUAUAUAUAUAUAUACUUUGAAGACGAAUAAAGAUCAUGUAUUUUUUUCCAAUUUAAAAAGAAAUACUGUAC